ACACAUUACUUUUUUUUUUGUUUGAAUUUCGGCAAAAUAGGAUGGGAUUAAAAGUUUAAAACGUAAGGAAAUGAAUGAACACCACGAGUUUUAUUUUUUAUCGCCACGGUGUAACGAAGAAAUGCACACCGAGGGGCGUUUACCAUGUUUUUCCAGUGUGUUUUUCCUAACAGGUAGCGAGCGUCAACAGUCAGUGUAGCUCUUAAAAAGGAGACUGACUACAUCCCGCUUUGUAGGGUCUUGACAGCCCUUUUUCUCUCUCGCUGGACAGACCAAACCUUUUUUACCAACACCGUACUCUUUCCAGAAAUAUGGACAACGCGUUUCCAAUGCCGUUUUGGGAGUAUUUCUCAGUGAAUUCGUAACAGAUUUCAGUCUCUGACGGACAUGAAGAAGGAAGACGGUGUGGAUUAGGAUCUUUUUUUUUUUUUUUUUUUGGACUGCCGUGGCUGGACGCAGGCACCGCUCGGGUUUGGCUUCACCCCCUCCCCAAAUCUCAAUGUGGGCUCUAGAGGACUUCUCUCUCUGCGGUUUGAAAUGAAAUAAUGGCGACACGUUGGAGUGAUUCACCGCAGGAAAAUGAAGAGAGUAAACACAGAGCCAUAUCUCCAUCUUGUGAGGCCAAACAGAAGGAUGGGCGUGAUCAGAGCGAGGCGUCAGCCACGGCUUCUCCCGGGGGAGAAGAGGAGCCCUUUUCCUGGCCGGGGCCCAAAACGCUCCACCUGCGCCGAACCUCGCAGGGCUUUGGCUUCACGCUGCGGCACUUCAUCGUCUACCCGCCUGAGUCCGCUGUCCACUCCUCUCUUAAGGAUGAAGACAAUGGCAGUCGAGGGAGACAGCGGAACCGUCUGGAGCCAAUGGACACCAUUUUCGUCAAGCAAGUGAAGGAGGGAGGCCCCGCCCACGGAGCUGGACUCUGUACAGGAGACCGGAUAGUGAAGGUGAAUGGAGAAAGCAUCAUUGGAAAGACCUACUCGCAAGUCAUAGCCUUGAUCCAAAACAGUGAUGCCUCACUGGAACUGUGUGUGAUGCCAAAGGAUGAGGACAUUUUGCAGCUGUUUUCCAGGGAUAUCACUGCUCUGGCCUAUUCCCAAGAUGCAUACCUCAAAGGAAAUGAGGCGUACAGCGGAAAUGCCCGGAACAUCCCCGAGCCCCCACCCAUAUGCUACCCUCGGAUAGAAGCGAAGGCUGCGGGCAUGGCCCAGAUGUCAGAGCCCUCUACAGUCAGUGAGACACCCCGAGGGCCAGCUCAGGGGCCUGGGAGACGAGGGGGGGCCACAGACAUGAGCUACCGCGUAGAAAUCCCCGUUCCUCCAUCUCCACCACCCCAACAGGCGUCAAAGACUCAAACAGUGGUGUGCGUAUGUAACGAGAAUUUGCGGACAGUGGUGGUGACCCCUGACCCAGUGGACAGGGGGUCUCGUUCGGCUCGGGCUGGACCCAGCCAUAGGACAGAGGAGAAUCGGUACGGUCCCGCAGCGGACCCAGGCACAGCCAGGCCCAGACCCCUCAUACCCUCGGUACCUCCUGGGGGAGCACAGUUGCAGUACACGCCGUCUCGUCCCUCAGAACCUCCAGUUUAUGCCCCUUCCUCAAGUUCUAGACCUGGCCAGAUAUAUCCUGACACCUUAUCGCCACCUGUGCGAGCCCCUCUCACCCCUGCCUCACCUGAGGCCUUCUCCUCUGCUGUCUCACCCAACAACAACCACUACUCCCCCUCCCCCACUGCUCCUUCAACCUCCCCGCACCAGAACAUCGACUGGCGGAACUACACCACCUAUAAGGAUUACAUUGACGCCAAGCGGCUGCACAAUUACGGCUCCCGGACCAUCCAGGAGCGCUUGGACAGCCUGCGUGCCGCUGCCAACUCCAGUUCUGCCUACUCCCAGCAACGCACACCCCCUCCUCCCAGCACCAGCCAGAGAGGGCUGGCACUGGGCUCCCAGGUCAGACGGAGGAGCACGUCCCAUGACCGAGGGAUGGGUGUGGGUUGCCAGGGGCCUUCAGUGGUGACUCCGUUGCGCAGCGCCUCCCAGGAGAGGCUUGGAGUAUCAGCAGAGAGGACAGUGCCAGCCAGAAACUGGCCUCGGAGCGCUUCCCAGGACGCGCUGCCGUCCUCCACCACAACAGGAUUUGCCAAACCCCGGGCGCGUUCCUGUGACUAUCUGGGCCAGCAGCCUGGAGAGACAGGGGGGCUUGUAUCCGGGGAUAGGGCAGGGUACAGCCGGCCAGAGGUAGAGGACAGGCUGCUGCUGUGCCAUGGAGAGGAUGCUAGAGCCAACAGGCAGGCAGGAGGGCUGAGAGCUUUACCUCAGCCUCAUAGGACACUUGCCGGGCAGGAAGCAGAGGGGCGAGGGGGUGGAUUCUCCAACUCACCCCUAGCUUCUCCAGUGUUUACUAAAGGUACGACAGAUUCUGUACUAACUUCUCGGACAGACAGUGUUAUUAUUAGACCGUCUCGUCUGCCUGUCAAAAACUCCAUCUCAGACCCAUCACCUGCCUUAUCCUCCACUAACACCACAGACCCGCUCAAAGACCAAAGAGCUGCCAUCAUGGGCAACCAUCUAGGCUACGCCUCGCCCCUGCAGCACCUGCAGCUCAGGGGUCGGGCCGACAGCCUAAAGAUGGAGAGCAGGCCAGAGGCUGGGCUGGUAGCCAGGUCCUCCUCUUGCUCCGCCCCUUCCUCUAAACUACCGAUUCAGAGACAACUACAGAGUGGAGCCGUGUCUUCCUCCUCUGGCUCCUCCGCCGCUAAUGGAGCAGUGACCCUCAGGCCAAAGGUAAAAGAAAAUUCUACCACCAGUUCUACCGUACGGACCAAUGGGGGUCCCACGGAGGGCGUAGAGGGACCUGACGCUAACGUAGUGGUCUUAAGGAGGGAUAAAAACUCUGGAGCCCAACCCAUUCGCCAUCCAUCCUACAUACUGGCCGUGAAUGACAAUGAGAGAGCAGAGACUCUGUCUAAGUCAUCGCCGAUGGUGAAGACAGGCUCCGCAGAGGCAGGGGUGUUCUGGCUGUCCAAUGACAUUCGCAGGGAGGUGUGCACGAGGAGGCUAGGAGACACACGGCACACCUCCGGCUCCAAAAACCUGGAUGACUCUCUGGAUUCAAUUCCCUUCAUAGAUGAACCGUCCAGUCCCAGCAUUGACCUGGACAGCACACACAUCCCUGCGUCCGCUGUGAUAUCCGGAGCACCCAUCAUUACCACCAUCCCACCCAGCCCCACCUCGCCCUCCCCUCUCAUUCGACGCCAGCUGUCACACGACCAAGAUUCUCUCCGUCUCACAAUUAUUGAGUCAGAUUCUGGUACCAAAACGGAGCGGUCAAAGUCCUAUGACGAAGGUCUGGAUAAUUACCGGGAAGAAGCCAGAGGGAGGUCCUUAAUACCUGGUCUGAAGGGUCUGAGGAAGGCUGUGGACAGGUCAUCAGAAGAUUCGGGGUCCAGGAGAGACUCGUCAUCGGACGUCUUCAGUGAUGCCACCAAGGAGGGUUUGCUGCAUUUCAAACAGCUUAACACAGACAAGAGCAAGCGUGUUGGAGGGGGCAUGCGGCCGUGGAAACAGAUGUACGCGGUGCUACGAGGCCACUCCCUCUGCCUGUACAAAGACAAAAAGGAGGGGCAGGCCCACGCCAACUGCCAAGCGGUGGACGAGCCGCUGCCAAUCAGCAUCAAGGCCUGUCUGAUUGACAUUUCCUACAGCGAUACGAAGCGCAAGAACGUGCUGCGGCUGACCACGUCAGACUGCGAGUACCUGUUCCAGGCUGAGGACCGGGAGGACAUGUUGGCCUGGAUCAGAGUCAUACAGGAGAACAGCAACCUGGACGAGGAGAACGCGGCCUUUACUAGUCGUGACCUCAUCAGCCGGAAGAUCAAGGAGUACAACACCUUGAUGAGCCCGACAGGCAGCAAGACAGAGCCAUCGCCAAAACCGUCACGCCAGUCCCUGAGCAUCAGACAGACGCUGCUGGGAGGGAAAGGAGAGACCAAAGCACCAAGUCAGCACUCGCCCAAGCCUGAGCAGGAGAGGAAGAACAUGCACAAAGAUGACACCAGCCCGCCCAAGGACAAGGGAACAUGGAGGAAGGGCAUCCCAGGGCUGAUGAGGAAACCCUUUGAGAAGAAGCCGCCUCCUGGGGUCACAUUUGGAGUGAGACUGGACGACUGUCCUCCUGCGCAGACUAACAGGUUUGUGCCUCUGAUCGUGGAGGUUUGCUGCAAGCUGGUGGAGGAGAGGGGGUUGGAGUACACAGGCAUCUACAGAGUCCCGGGAAACAACGCUGCCAUCUCCAAUAUGCAGGAGGAGCUCAAUAACAAGGGCAUGAAUGACAUCGAUAUCCAGGAUGAUAAAUGGAGGGACCUCAAUGUGAUCAGCAGUUUACUGAAGUCCUUCUUCCGUAAGCUUCCGGAGCCGCUGUUCACCAAUGAUAAGUAUGCAGACUUCAUAGAGGCCAACAGAAUAGAGGAUCCAGUGGAGAGACUUAAAGUGCUCAAGAGGCUGCUUCACGAGUUGCCAGAUCAUCAUUAUGAGACCCUCAAGUUCCUCUCAGCUCAUCUGAAAACUGUUGCUGAAAAUUCAGAGAAGAAUAAGAUGGAGCCAAGGAACCUGGCCAUCGUGUUUGGUCCCACUCUGGUGCGAACAUCUGAGGACAACAUGACCCACAUGGUGACACACAUGCCAGACCAGUACAAGAUAGUGGAGACACUCAUUCAAAAUUAUGACUGGUUUUUCACUGAGGAUGGCAACGGAGAGCCAGUGACUGUGUCCCAGGAGGAGAGCGCGGUGGAGUCUCAGCCAGUCCCCAACAUCGACCACCUGCUCACCAACAUCGGUCGGACCGGAGCUUCGCAGGGUGAAGUAUCAGAUUCACCGACUAGUGACUCAGCUAAAUCCAAGGGUUCCUGGGGCUCAGGGAAGGACCAGUGCAGCCGAGAGCUCCUGGUCUCCUCCAUCUUUGCUGCAGCCAGUCGCAAAAGAAAGAAGUCAAAGGAGAAGCCGCAGCCUAGCAGCUCAGAUGAUGACCUCGACGCAGUGUUCCCCAAAAAGGAAAUCCCUGGCCAGAAGCCAAACCACCAUGGCCUCCAGACCGAGGUGCAGAACAAGACUCGACCUGGCCCAAACACAAAACAAGUACAGGCAGAAGACAAGAAGGAGAAUGGGAGAAGUGUGGAGCUGACACCCAAGACCAGGAGAGACCACAGGAACUCCUUCUUCUUGAAGGAGAAGACUCCGUCCAGACAACCAUCACCCUCGCCCUCUCCGUCCCCAAACCUCUCGGGCUCUCCCAGCCUCAGCUACCAAACAGCCCUUCAGGGGAAGUCCUCCGUCUCAGAUCCCCCGUCCCAGCUGGAUGAGAAUACCUCAGACCUUGGGACCAUGAGCUCUGGCGCCUCUGUGCCAAGGUCACGACCCAGAAAGUGGACUUCAGGAGCGUCUGCUGACUUGCCUGCAGCAGGAACAAGUUUAGGGCUGGGAGGAGGUGCGGGGGCGUCUGCCGGUGCAGAGGUGAGCUCCAUAACCUCAGACUACUCCACCACUUCCUCCAUCACUUUCCUGACUGGAGCAGAGUCCAGUGCGCUCAGUCCAGAGCUGCAGGGUGGGGAGGAGGCGGACGAUGAACGCAGUGAACUCAUCAGUGAGGGACGACCCAUGGAGACAGACAGUGAAAGUGAUUUCCCAGUGUUUGCCCCGGGCGGAGGCAGCUGCCAGUCCACACCCUGCCCCGAGCAGAGUCAAACUGAGCAUGUGUCUCAGGAAAAAACUGAGCCAACAGCUGGUGCAGCUGAGGGGAGCACCACCCCAAAACUGGAGGCACGACGUCUCUUCCCUUCCCACAGGCUGAUUGAGUGUGACACCCUCUCCAGGAGACGGUCCCUAAGACAGAAAACAGACAGUGAGUCGUCAGUGGAGGGCGUGGCAGGCGGCGCAGAGCGGACCGAGGGCAGGGCAGAGUCUUCCACGCGGCUGUCCCGUGUCCUGGAGGUGAUGAAGAAGGGGCGGUCCACCGGCAGCCUCAGCUCGUCCUCACGCAGCGAGUCAGAGCGACCUGAACCAGCCUGGCGUCUCAAGAUCACAGAGCGGCUCAAGUUUAGAUUGCGAACGUCCGCCGAUGACAUGUUCGGCAUGGGCACCCACAAGAGCCGCACCCCCGACGCUCGCAGUAAGAAGAAGAACAUCCGCAGGAGGCACACGAUGGGCGGGCAGAGAGACUUUGCAGAGCUGGCGGUCAUCAACGACUGGAGGGAGCAGGGCGGCGUGGACCAGGCAGCUGAACUGUCGGCCGUGGACCGCCUCAAGCCCAAAUGUUCCUCUCAGGACUUCUCCAUCCGGGACUGGAUUGCCAGAGAGCGCUGCCGGGAUGGGAGCGCUGAAGUCAGCAUGGAGGUCGCACCCAAAGCCGUCCCUGAGGACGACCAGCCGGACGCCCAGAACCCGGCUCCUCCUCAGAGACCGUCUCCCUCCGCCUCCCCCAGCCCGCAGCCCCUGGCAGGGGAGCAGGUCAACGGAGGCGGGCCACAGGGCAAAAACAAAGCCAACCUUGUGGCAGACGCACAUCCACACAAACUCUCUGGAGCGCAAGUCGUCCGCUCGCGGUUCUAUCAGUAUCUGUGAAACAGGAAGGGUGGGUUUGUCUGGUGUACGUGUGUGUUUGUUAGAAAAAGAGAGAGUGGCUGCGUGAAUGUAUGUAUGUAGGUAUUUUAGCUAAGGUUACUGCACAAUAUUUUUUCUACAAAGUAUAUGUAUACUGUAUGUAUCUACUGUACAUAUUUUGUAUAGGCUCACGUGAAUUGUUACUGGAGUAAAGCCGAAGAGGCGUGUUUGUGUGUAAUUCCAUCGGCUCGUUUGCUAUACUGGAGCAGACAUGGAAAAAAAAUGUGGACUUCCUUCUGCAAGCUCGAACCCCAGUAAUGCAAGAAUGUGACCGCAGUGUUGAUAUUCGACGUUAAUACAACAGACAUGAACUCUGGCUGGAAAACAUUUCCCUCCCUAAAACAGAGCACACAUGUAUGGAAUGUCAUACAGGACUGUAAUGUAUUGCAAAAUGAAAACAAAAAGGGUCAACUUGACAAUUACUGAAGAAUCUGCCACCUACUCUGCAUGAGGAAGCCUUUUUUUUCUUCUAAGGAAUCAUGGUUCAGUUCUUCCUAUUAUAAAUGGUAUGAAGAAUGUAUUACUCCUUCCUAUUUUUGACUAACACUAGUUGCUUGUGACAAUAAUGUCAUUUUCAAACCAAUAUGUACUUUUUUUUGUCUGUACUUGAAGUUUGUCAAAAUAAUUGAGGGCUGCUUUCUGAGCUGUGUACUGUAGGAAGUUGUGUUUUUUACAGUGCAGUCAUAACAGCCAGAUAUUAGCUAGAGGGACUGAAGAAUUAAAAUAGUUUUAUCAAAUGACAAAAAUGGAAAAACCAUGUUACAGAGUGCUGACAAAAUAGCAAUGUUGUGCUUGGUACAGUAGUUUUCAAUUCCAAACAUUGUCCAAUUAUAGUUCCACAAAAAGACAUUUUUUAAAACUGUGUGAAUCAUGUUUCUUUAUCCCAAAAGAAAAAAAGUGCCUCUUUUUAAAUUUACCACCAUGAAUAGAUUAGGGUGCCAUUACCUUGUUUUUACCAACGGUUGUCAAGAAACUUUAAAACAUUUUUUUAGGUAACAAAAAAAUCUUGCAGGCAUUCCAGAAUUUGUUUUUUGCUUUCUGGUCCUGUUGUUUUUUUUAGUUAAACUUUCACAGAAAAUUCGGAACAUUGGGUUUAUAUUCCAAUGUAUACAGUUCCUGUUAAAAAAAAAUUUUAUUUAUUUUUUUUCCUGUUGUAUUUUUUAAGUGCAGUCAAGUGCAUGGUUCCUUAUAACCUGGGAGAUACUGGGAGAAUAAAAAAAAUAUGUCUGGAACUGCAUGAGACCAUGUUUUCUGAACAGUGAACAUCUCUUCUGUGUACAGCAUAAUAUGGGUGCAACGCCUUCCCUCAAGAAACACUGGAAAUAAAUAAUCUUUAUUAGACUGCGGUGUCU